CACCCUUUCCAUCCACACACAAUGACAUUGGGACCCCUGGAAAACAGCAGCAGCAUUUCCUCCACCUUCCUGCUGAGUGGCAUUCCUGGACUGGAGCACACGCACAUCUGGAUUUCCAUCCCAUUGUGCUUCAUGUACCUGGUUUCCAUCCUGGGCAACUGCAUAAUUCUUUUUAUCAUUAAAACAGAUCCUUCGCUCCAUGAGCCUAUGUACCUCUUCCUGUCCAUGCUGGCUGUGACUGACCUGGGUCUGUCUCUUUGCACUCUCCCUACAGUGCUAGGCAUCUUUUGGAUUGGGGCACGAGAUAUUGGUCAUGACACCUGUUUUGCCCAGCUCUUUUUCAUUCAUUGCUUGUCAUUCCUGGAGUCUUCUGUGCUACUGUCUAUGGCCUUUGACCGCUUUAUGGCCAUUUGCCGCCCCUUGCACUAUGCUUCCAUUCUCACCAACACAGUCAUUGGCAAGAUUGGCCUGGCUUCCCUGGGCCGUAGUGUAGCAUUCAUUUUCCCAUUGCCUUUUAUGCUUAAUAGAUUCCCCUAUUGUGGCUCCCCAGUCCUCUCACAUCCCUAUUGUCUCCACCAGGAAGUGAUGAAAUUGGCCU